AUGGUGAAUGUCAAGAAUGUCGCCUUCAAAGUCAACAAACAGACGCCAAUCUCGCAGACACCGCCGCAGGCAUAUGGCACCGUUAUUAACUGUCGGAAACCGGGUGGCAAGCGGGCGUUCAAGGAGCUGAAGGAGGUGCGCUCGCAUUCUGUUCCCCUGACGAACGUUUCUGGUACCAAGAAGCGCAAGCGGGAUGGACGCAAGAGCGAGGAGUUCCAAAACCACGCCGACUUUCUCACGUCGGCACCAGCAAAUGCACAGGCUGCGCUAGCGGCUAUGCGAGAGGCUACUCAGCCCCUCAUCACUCAGAAAUUAAAGCAGGUCAAGCCGACCAGAUUCAGGAAGGGCAAAGUAUUGGAAAAAGGGUUUGACCUGGACACCUGGUGGACCAUCCUCACGUUCUCAGACCCUGCGCAAUUAUUAGAGAUGCGCCAGAAGAUUCCGUCUUGUUAUCGGUUUUUGAGAAACAAUCCCAUGCUUUGGGUCCACAGCCGGACCAACCUUUACGGAGAUGACAUGCCGGAGCCGCCUUCCGAUCUGGAUGAGUUCCAGUACGCACAUCUUCGACAUGGCCACGGCUGCAUGAGCUGUGGCGCGCCGUCUACCCGCAAGACGUACUGGGCCUUCCUUCGACGAUGGUGCAAGACGUGCCUACAGUCCAAGACCGUGAAGGAACAUGACGCGUUGAUCAGCAUGCGCGAUGUCGGUAUUGAAGAUGUUACGUUUCUCCGCAAAUGUCUGCCCUCUGGCGUGUUCGAUUCUUGGGGGAACUUUGUCGGUGUCGGGCCGGCCAGCACGCAUUCUCUCAAGACCAUCUACCUCCUUUCGGAAGUGAACAAACUUCAGUGCGAGGUCCGUGCCGCUGCUGAACUCUAUCCUGACACAUGGUCCGCCGAGUUGCGCCCACGCAUGGCGCAGAAGUUUGCCAUGGUCGACGAGCGUCGCGCUUUCGCACGGAAGAUGGAACUCUGGGAAGAGGCAACUCGCAACAGCAAGGCCAGCGACUAUCAGGCCAAGAAGGCGGCGCGUAAGGUCUACUUUGAGGACAGAGCUUCAAAACUCGACCCACCCAUUGGCUUGAAAGAGAUGGAAGCUUGCCCUUCUUACCGUCGUGCUGUGGCUAUACCCAAGGAUCCCAACAACACGUCUUGGCAACAGCUCAAGCCGAAGCUCGAGAUGGAAGCCGCAGAGCUGAGAUUGGGACGAGCCACGCCAGAGACACGACUGGGCACAGCGUCUGCAUCAGCCUCGGGCACUUCGACACCGAGCAACAUGCAGCCUUACCAUCACCCUAUCCCGGCCUUCCUCGCUAUGCCCCCACAUCAUCCACACCAUCCUUACCAUGCUCAUCAUCAGCAUCAGCAUCAGCAUCAUCCUCAUUCACAUCCUCACCCUCCUCCGUAUUGA